GUCCUUUAAACGCUCUCUCACGUUCCGCAAAUGCACGCCCACGGACGUAACCAGAACUAACUUAAACGAGGCGCAUGCCUUAUCGUGAACAGACGUUGUAUAGCCGGGCAAGAACCAGGUAGGCUGACUGAACAAGCUUUCUAAGCGACAGUGAGGCAGACAGAAAGAGAGUGAGAGAAAGAGAGACACACGAAGAGAGGCAGAGACAACGGAAACGAUAAAAGAGGGAGAAAGAGUGAUAACCGUCAUUACGCGCCGCGGACUUUGUUAGUUUGUCCUGACUUGAGGACAGUUGAAUGCAAGGAGGACGGCACAUGCUUGUAUUACAGAAUUCGAGAAUUUACAAGACUAAAAAGUUUCUUACCUUUAUUUGAAGAACUGUCAGGACCCAUAAAUAUCGUUGUAUGUUUCGACUGAGGAGAAAGAAAACCGAGAGCAAGCAAUCAGUUAUGUUUUUCCAGCUGAAGAGGGGAAUGGCAGUGAUAAGCUUAUUUGAGCAUUACAGGCUUUUUGGCUCGAAUGAUAUCGUGUUAAGAGCUGCUUAAAUUGUUGUUUUUUCCUGACCUGGAGGAAGGUAAGGAGUCCGUUAAGUGCAUGUGCGCAAUAUUUAAACAAUAAAGCCAAGAGGAUGCGAGAGAAAAUGUUAUUUUAACUUUUGACGUCAGAGAAGAAAAAUAGAGACAAAACCAAUUAUACCAAUUGUCAAACAUUUCGUGCUGUUAUGGCUUCGAAUUACCUCUUCGCUCCCUGGACGUAAAGUAGUCUCAGACUCCGUUGAGGACCGCAGAACCGCUGGUUCACGGGCUCUGUGGGUUGUUGCCCACAGAGUUGCAGAGAGGGGGAGGGUGUUGCGGCAAUUAAAUGGAAUAGACCGACGGUUUUCUGUUCCUGCUCCUUGCAAGCCUUCUUACACUCUCGCCGGCACGCGCAAUAAGCGCCGUACUGUCGCGCCAUGCUGCCCAACGAGACGUGCGAGAACACCACCGUGGUCCAUGCGGAUGGGAACCCCGUGGUGAGCACGCUGAUGUUCCUGGCCGGGGUGUUGGGCAACCUAACGGCGCUGGCCAUCCUGGGGGUGCACCAGAAGGAGCGGCGGGCCAAGUCGUCGGUCUUCUGCAUCCUGGUGACGGGGCUGGCCGUGACGGACCUGCUGGGAACCUGCUUCCUCAGCCCGCUGGUGUUCGUGUGCUACGCCCGCCGCGCCUCCCUCCUGGGCCUGACGGGCGACCAGCGGCUCUGCAGCCUUUUCGCCUUCGCCAUGACCUUCUUCGGCCUGGCGUCCAUGCUCAUCCUGUGCGCCAUGGCGGUGGAGCGCUGCCUGGCGAUCAGCCAUCCCUAUUUCUACGCCAAGUACGUGCGCCGCAGCUUCGCCAAGGCUGCCCUCCUGCUCAUCUACCUGUUCACCUGCGCCUUCUGCUCCAUGCCCUUCCUGGGGCUCGGCCGGCACAAGCAGUACUGCCCGGGCACCUGGUGCUUCAUCAAGAUGGUGGCCAGUGACGAGGAGCCGGAGGAGGAGCGGCGCGUGCUGGCCUUCUCGCUGGCGUACGCCUCCCUCAUGGCCCUGCUGAUCGCCGCCGUCUUCCUCUGCAACGGCUCGGUCAUCGUCAGCCUGUGCCGGAUGCACCGGAGCCAGAUCUCCCGCCGCAAUUCGAUGCUCUCCACCGGCCGCAAGCGCAAGAUGAGCCUCUGGAUCGGCCAGGGGGAGGAAGAGGUGGACCACCUGGUGCUGCUGGCCUCCAUGACCAUCAUCUUCGUCAUCUGCUCGCUGCCCCUGACCAUCUGUGGGUUUGUCAGCGCAGUGUCCCCGGUGGAGAACGACCAGGAGAACCUGCUGGCCUUCCGCUUCUCCGCCUCCAACCCCAUCGUGGACCCCUGGAUCUUCAUCAUCUUCCGCAAGGCGGUCUUCCGCUACCUGCGCUCCCUGUUCUGCUGCCGCUUCCCCCGGGGGGCGCUCAACAAGAGCAGCACCCUCAACUCCCACCCUGGGACCGAGGAGCCCAUGGCCUCCAUCACCCUCCAGACCAAGACCAACUCCAACCUCCUCCUGUGAGCUGCCCGGCCCUGGCACCUCUGCGGGCCACAAACGGAAGGCAUUGCGAUCUGGAUGGUCUUGGGGAUCAGCUGUCUAACACUGCAAAAGAUUAAACACUGGACUUCCUGUGUUUCCUGUCCUGGGGGGUUGGGACAGGAAGGAACAUGACUGAGAGAGGCUCCACCCACUGUGCCCCAAAGACUGGCAUUGGCUAUGGUAAACAGGAUCAUGUUGUGCCCUUGCCAUAUUCUUACCUUGGCCAUUCUGAGGUAAAAGGCUAAACUGAUCUGAGAUCAGCACUCAUACCCUGAGACACUGUAUGAAUAUAGGCCCAGUGCAUUAAAAAUACCUGCCAACAUUUGAGUUUCAGUUGCAACACAGUUCAUAAAUUUGAAGAGAAAAUCCAAAGUGGAAAAAGCAAUUUUGCCCCAAAGACAACCAACAUACUCUGCAGUAUGUUUGUGGUGUGUACAUAGCCAUCAGUGAAAACAAAAUGGCUUAUGGGAAAACACUCAAGCUUUGCCAUCCGGGCUGUACUGCCAACCCUGUCUCUGUCAUCAAUUCAUAUGCGCAUGAACUGCCAUGAUUCCAACAGCGAAUCACUGAAAAAUAUCUUGCCUCUCAACAUUGCAUAUGAUGGUGUCUCUGAUGGUGUGAGCUUGUGAUGGUGUCUUUGAUGGUGCCACCAUCACGUCUGCUAAAUGUUAAUGUAAAAAAAAUGUAAGGUCUUGUGACGACCCAUCCCAUCGCACAUCCUGGAGCCAUGAAACGGGACGAUUCGGAACCGCAUGGCGUCAGGAAAUAACCUGAAUUUCAAAAGCAGGCAAUGGUGACCGAGAAAGCACAAACAACCUCCUUUUCUCGGUCCAAGGCAAAGGGAGCAACUGGGAGGACUUAGUGUCCACCUGACUACCAAAUGCAGACUCCAUCCCUUACGGUCACAUAAUCCAGUCCUCUUUCCAUCCACCCAUUUUCUUCUUCUUUUUUUUUACAAGCAAACAGUGAGGGCUGUACUUCCACCUCAGACUCUUCAGACCAAGACAAAAAGCAUACAGGGGCACCUCUUCCAUGUAGAGAAAUUGAGUGGAUCCCAUCUGAAAAAUGUUCCCAUAAUGGAAAAUAAAACAAAAACAAAAGGGUUACAUAAUUGUUACAUGUACAGCUCCAGAAUAUGUCGGUUGGCCCUGUUCAUAGAUGCACUUAGAAACUUCACCAGUUCAACGUGGCAGCAUUGCCACUGGACCAAGCUAAAGGUAUGACAGCAAUGAGGAAACUGAGUGGGAACCAAGGAAGCUCCAGCACAGCCCUGUGGCUUCAAUAGUGAGGGGCAGGAUUUCACAGGCCUUGCCUUUGCACAGCUUUUAUUAAUGGAGAAUGACUCAACGGAAAUCUUUGCGUAAAACCUUGUUUUGGUAUUUAUUUUUCAAAAAUUGCUGUGCUUAUCUAGGCUCACAGAUUCUUUGCUCAGCCAAAAAGACAACAGCCGUAACUAUAAAUGAAAUGGAAUGUAUUUAUAUUAUAAUGUGAAAUUGAUGUGGUUGAGAAAUCACAGACUACAAGAUAACCAUACGAUUGAACGUGUUGUUCUCAUAAAAAUGACAAAGAUUACUUCUUAAAUUGCGGUUCUGGUUUCAGAGCAAAAAAACCAAAGCAACGAUUUUAGUCGUAAAAGGCAAAUCCCCAAAUAUCUCAUGUAAAUAGAUUUAACAUUUGGUGUUAAAUGUAAAUAAUAAAUGUGCUGUAGAUGUAAACAUGGGAAGGGAUGUUACAUUCUCUCCCUCUUGUUACAGUACACUGGGUAGUGUAACAUUACACUCUCUUUUACAGUGUGGUACUCUAGCUAAGUUUUAGGGGAGACAGCCUGGUAUGGUUUGAUUUACAGUAUUGUAUGCUAGUCUUCAGUUCUAGAGGAGAGAAUAUGCUGCAGUUUGUUUUAUGGUAUGAUAUUCUAGAUUAGUUCUAGAGGUGAGAGACUGCAGUGGUGUGUGUUCCAUGGCAAGGCACCAUGGAUUGUUUCCAGAGGUGUGAGUCUGGUGUUGUUUGUCUUAUGGUCCCCAAGAUUCCAGAAAGGUUCCAGAACUCACAGACUGCUGUGUUAUGUCAGAUGACAAGUUAAGAGAUUGCCAUUGUUUUCUGCCAGAGCAGAAAGUUCAAAUACAGCAGAAUCUCUGGAUCAUUAAUGUGAUCAGUGAUGCUAAUUCCUUUGAUGUUAAUUCCAUGAUGUGAGGUUAGUCAUUGACAAUUUCACUGUCUCCGCAUUUCUAAUUGUGUUCACCUGUGCAUACCUGUAACUGUAAGCUGCCAGUAUGUAUUUUUCACUCCAAAUAAUGGAGCUAAGAGCCAUUCCAUUUUCUCUUUCAUUCUAAGCUGCUUCCCUUGUGCUCCAUUCUAGUCUGACACCUGUUUUUCCGUUGUUUUACUCACAGACCUGAAUCUGUGCAGGUGAAUUGCUCAUCGCUCAUGACAAUGGAUCCACAAUACUUUUGGGGUUAGAGCAAAUACUUCUUGGUGCACUCAUAAGUCUGGAUUUUUAUUUGAUUUGGCAAUAAAAAUAUACAUCUGUAAACACAUUUACCAAUGGUAACUACAUUGCAAGCAUUUAGCAGAUACUCUUGUCUUUUUAAAAAUACAUAAAUUCCAUUUAUACAGCUGAAUAUAUACUGAAUAAUAAUACAAUACAUUUUCCACACCUUUCUCAACUGAACCUAGAGGGUCUAACAUUCAUAACUUUUGGAUUCAGAUUUUUCUGCACCAAUACCAGAUUUUAUUUUAUGAUGUAAGCCGCUCUACUGAGACUUGAAGCAGGGAUAUGUGAAACUGCAUUUAAGGUCUCAGUAAGGGGUGCGUCAAUACAAGAUCUCCCAUGAGGCUGUAGGGGCAGAGCUGACCAAUCACAACUCACCCUCGAGAGUGCAUCGGCUAUGGGGCACAAUGUGGAAUGCUGCAACUCUAAGUGUGCGUGCGUGUGUGUGUGUGUGUGUGUGUGUGUGUGCGUGUGUGUGCUUGCACGCCUAUCAAAUGCAUGUACAAGAAGUACAAUGUCAAAGUGUCCCUGACACGUCCCUUAAUAUGUAUUUCCUGUGGUAUAAUGUGUGUCGCAUGCUGUUUGUAUUUUCAUUAACUCAAUGUUGUUUUUGUAAGGUAUCUGUGAGCAGCCAGUGAAAAUUGUGCAUGAAAAUAAAUAGGCCGGUUUUGAUGUAGGUGAGCACUUUAAGCAGAAUUGUCAACAUUUAAUAAAUCUUGGCAGCAUUGACACCCAUCAUUAUUAGGAAAGAAGUGAAAAACUGUGCUGUGUUUGUGCUCGUAAAGAUGUUGAAGAAUAACUAGAAUAAAAUUUAUUUAAAAACCCGGG